CACACGUUUUGGCCUUUCUGGCCUACCAUAGUUUGUGUGGCCACAUGCGCAGAGGCUAUUUGGAUACGUCAUGUAAACCCCGCCUCCAGAAACAAAGGGGUGUUGGAUUGUUCGAAAACACUAUACCGUCUCUCAACGUUUUCGAGCUUCGUUUUACCCCCAAACGCAGAACGAAAGCGCAAUUCGCCUGGACUAUGCCGAGCCCUUAAGUGUGGACGAAAGAGAAAAACACAUUAGUGUGGAUAGCCUGAGUGUGACGUGUUUGCAAUAAAAGCAGUGUUUGAUGUGUUUCGAAAAAGGUGCAAGGUUUGGACUGCGCUGGUUUACUCCCAAAAGUGAGGUUCCACUCUGUGGACAUGCAACACUAGCCUCAGCAGCAGUGUUGUUUUACAUUAAAAACAAUGUCAACCCUGUUGUGGUGUUUGAGACUCUGAGUGGGGAGCUGAAUGUGCAUCAACAUGGAGAAUCACUAAUUAUGGACUUCCCCUUAAACAAACCAAAACCUCAGGACCAACAUGAAGUCAAAGAACUUUUGAAAGCUGUUGUAGGAGACCUAACUAUUCAGGAUGUCUGCUAUUCAGAAACCACAAAGAAACUAAUGGUCCGUCUAGCUGACACAUGUGACAGGUCCAAACUUACGUCUUUGAAGCCAGAACCAGAUGCCCUGUUGAGGAAUGAGUCCACUGGUAAGAUUAAAGGUGUCAUUGUUACAAUUAAAGGAGCACCAACCGCACAUCCUGGAUAUGACUUCUACUCUCGUUACUUUGCCCCUUGGUUUGGUAUUCCUGAAGAUCCAGUCACUGGGUCUGCUCAUACAGUGCUUGCUGGUUACUGGUCUGAGAAACUCGGGAAAAAGAAAAUGUUGGCUUACCAGUGUUCCAGUCGUGGGGGGGAGCUGGAGUUGGAAAUAAGAGAUGAUGGUCGACUGGACAUUAGUGGUCGGGCACAGAUUAUUCUUCAAGGAACUCUUAAAAUCUAAACAAACUUCCACAAUUAACUCAAUAAAUAUUAGAAUAGAUUUAAUGAAAAUAAUAUGUCUGUUUGUCUCACUGAAAAGAAAUAUAGUUUUUCAGCAUAUUAAUCCCUGUUAAUGUUAGUUAAUGGAAAUACAAUUAUUCAUAUUAGUUCAUGGUGCAUUAACUGAUGUUAUGUUUUUUCAUUACAACAUUUGAUUUAAAAAAUGUAUUAGUAAAGAAAUGAACUAAGAUGAAUAAAUGCUUUAGAAGUAAUGUUCAUUGUUAGCUAAUGCCAUAAAUAAUUGUUAACAAAUAAAACAGUAAAGUGUUACUGAAACUACGGCACUAAAGGGUCUCAGUCAGGGGCGUCAUGCAUCUAUUUUUUUAAGGGGGCACAGUGUGUACAACACACAGAAACGUCCUGUACGUACAAAUACAUACAUUUAAAGCAAUGUUAUUGAGAACAUCUCUUAAGCGUAUUCAAAACAUCGCACAAACCAUCUGAUUGUAAAAAAAUUAUGUACAUUUUAAGGUAAAGUCUGGUGUAUUUUGAGAACAAAUAUCUUGUAUGCAAUUUUGUGCUAGUAGUAAAAGAGUUAUUGUUUGCAUACAAAUGAACAUGGAGCACAAAAGUAAAAGCAAAAAAAAAAUGAAGCAAUUAGUUACCCUUUGUUAAACUGCCUUUAAUACAAAUCUAUUGUCUGUUAUAAAAUUCCUUCUAUUAUGAAACAAAAAUAUAUAAUGCAAUAUAUUACAUAAUGAAAAGUGUCAACUCUAUAUGUAUUAUUAAUAUAUUAUUUUAACUAAUAUACCACUCUAUGUAUUGAUUUUAUAAAUUAUUGAUAGUUAAUUUAGAAGAAAAUACAUUUUCUUUAAGAGUAUUGUCAGUCUUUGCACCAUGAAAUUGAAGUGUUGAUACUGUAACAUAAACGUUAUUCACUUUAAACGAUGCUACCUGCAUGCCAACUGCCAAGAGGUUUGACUGUGCAGACUAAACCAACGAGCCAUUUAAAAGCAUACGAGGCAGCAUGUUCUCACACAGUAGUUUCUGACAUACACGGAUCGGUUUGGGCAGCGCCGCUUUAAGUCAAAACCCCAUUUCAUGGGUCCAGAUCUUGCACCAGCGUUUGGUCGCGGGGUCUAAAUGAAAGUGGGUGACAAAUGCUUUGCCUAAACGACGGCGCAUACUAGCGUAGAACGAGUCUGAAAAUCUUAUUAUGGUUUCGGGAAUGCGGGUGUUUCCGUGAGCCGAGCUCCUGAUCGAGCGCAGACGCUGAUUAGCAUCAUUAGCCAGCGCUGUUGCUUCUGUAGUCGGAUUGAUAAAUGUUAAGCUCCUGUACGUGAUCAAAACGGCGAAAAUGUCCAAAAGAUGAUGUGGGUGCAGCACAUAACUGAUACAGUUUCUUUCAAUAGAAUCGCGCAACUGAUUAAUAGAUGCCUAACUCGUCAUUUGGAUGUUGCAUGCAAAACUGACUGUUCAAAAAUCUGAGGCGGCACGUGCCCCCUCUGUUUGAAUGGGCAUGACGUCUCAGUGUCUGUACCUUUAAGAUGACGUAGUACACAUUGGGGGUCAAAGUCAAAUGCUUUUAAUUACUGCUCUAUAAACACAUAAGAGAGACAAAACCUUACUGCUAAAUUGCUAAACCUCACGUUUUAAUUUAUGGAGAUUCCAAUAUUUACUGUGGAUGCUUUUACCAGUGUACCUUUCAAAGGUAACCCUGCCGCAGUAUGUCUCAUAGAGAAUGUAAGUAUUACACAAGACACAGUCAUGUAUGUUCAUCUUUAUAGGGCAGACAUCAGUUAUUCAUUGAUGAUUUUUAUAAUAAAGUCUAAACUUCUGAAUAUUAUGAAACGUGUCUUUGCAAUAAAUUUAGGAACUUCAAGAUGAACUUUAUCAGAGCAUUGCUGCUGAAAUGAAUUUAUCAGAGACUGCUUUUAUCACAAGACGGAAUUCUAUGGAUUUUUCCUCAGGUGCAAGGUUU